CCGGUUCUUCCUUGAUCUGUCGUAUGUAUAUCGGAGACAUCUCACUAAAUACUGCAUUUUCGUGUUCACCUGUAUAAACUACGAAUCGCAAGAACUUAACAAAAUGUCGGCGAAAGCAAUCCGAGAGGCAACAGGAAAGGACUUGAUUAAUCGUAAACUUCCAUCUGGCACAAGUGCAGUGAAAUGCAGAUUUGUGACCAUCACGGAAGAUACAAACUGGGCAGACGUUGUAAACAACAAUCCAUGGUUACAAUCGGAGAAGUUGGUUGUAAAGCCUGACCAGUUGAUCAAAAGGCGGGGAAAGCUUGGUUUGAUCAAGGUGAAUGCAGACUUGGCCACAGUGAAACAAUGGAUCGCUGGAAGAAUGAACAAGGAUCAACAAGUUGGAAAAGCGACUGGGAAACUUAGAACAUUUAUCAUUGAACCUUUUGUUCCGCACAAACAGGAAGAAGAAGCUUACGUCUGUAUCUAUUCUCAUCGAAAAGCCGACACCAUAUUAUUUCAUCACGAAGGUGGUGUUGAUAUCGGAGAUGUCGACGCGAAAGCUUUGAAACUGGACGUACCUGUUGGAGAAGGAUUGCCGGAUCAAGCUACGUUAAUAGAGAAGCUAUUAGUAAAUGUGGCAAACGAUAAAAAGGGAACUAUCGCAAAAUUUAUAGAAUCUCUGUACAAGCUUUACGUUAAUUUAUACUUCACGUAUUUGGAAAUAAAUCCGUUGGUAGUAACGGAUAAUGGAAUCUAUAUACUUGAUCUUGCUGCAAAAUUGGAUACUACCGCUGACUUCGUAUGCAGACCGGAUUGGGGAGAAAUUGAUUACCCGCCACCCUUCGGACGAGAUGCUUAUCCAGAAGAGGCCUAUAUUGCUGACUUAGACGCUAAAUCUGGAGCUAGCUUGAAAUUAACCAUUCUUAAUCCAUCUGGUCGGAUAUGGACAAUGGUUGCUGGCGGUGGUGCAUCCGUAAUUUAUUCGGAUACAAUUUGUGAUUUGGGUGCUGCGAAUGAGUUGGCCAAUUACGGCGAAUACUCUGGUGCACCUAGCGAGCAGCAGACUUACGAUUACGCGAAAACCAUAUUGAGCUUAAUGACAAAAGAGAAACGCAAAGAGGGAAAAGUAUUGAUUAUCGGUGGUGGCAUCGCUAACUUUACAAAUGUGGCCGCUACAUUUAAGGGUAUCGUUAAGGCGUUACAAGAGUAUCAACCGAAACUCGUAGAACACAACAUACAGAUAUUUGUAAGAAGAGCAGGACCUAAUUAUCAAGAGGGACUGAGAAUUAUACGCGAAGUUGGCAGAAGGCUCGGUAUCCCCGUUUAUGUAUUUGGUCCUGAAACUCAUAUGACGGCUAUAUGCGCAAUGGCGUUGGGCAAGAAACCGAUCCCCGAUCCCGAGGCUCAAGAAUUUUCCACGGCAAACUUUUUGCUACCGUCUGGUCAAGAUGUCGGUCCUACAGCUCCGUCGAAAAGUACUUCUUGUUCGCCUACCAAACAGCCCAAAUUAAAGACAAGCGACUCGGUCGAUGGAUCGGCGAACAAACUACUUUUCAGCAGUAAAACUAGGGCCAUUAUUUGGGGAAUGCAAACUAGGGCCGUUCAAAGUAUGCUAGACUUUGACUUCGUUUGUCGUAGAUCCGAACCAUCUGUAGCUGCUAUCGUAUAUCCCUUCACGGGCGAUCAUAAACAAAAGUUCUACUGGGGUCACAAAGAGGUGUUGAUCCCAGUUUAUAAGCAGAUGAAAGAUGCGAUGACCAAACACACGGAUGCCGAUGUUAUGGUCACGUUCGCAUCGUUGAGAUCAGCUUAUGAAAGCACUGUCGAGACCAUGCAAUUCCCUCAGAUUAGAACAAUUGCUAUUAUCGCCGAAGGUAUACCCGAAAAUAUGACAAGAAAGCUGAUUUUAAUGGCAGAACAGAAAGGCGUCACCAUCAUUGGUCCCGCUACUGUCGGAGGUGUGAAACCUGGCUGCUUCAAGAUUGGUAACACCGGCGGAAUGAUGGAUAACAUUCUGCACAGUAAACUCUACAGACCUGGAAGCGUGGCGUAUGUUUCCCGUUCCGGUGGAAUGUCCAAUGAAUUGAACAAUAUCGUUUCAAAAGCUUCGAACGGAGUGCUGGAAGGUGUUGCGAUCGGAGGAGAUCGUUACCCGGGAACUACUUUCAUGAAUCAUAUAAUGCGUUACCAACAAAAUCCGGAGGUGAAGCUCAUAGUUCUCCUGGGCGAAGUCGGCGGUGUGGAAGAGUACGAAGUGUGCGAAGCACUGAAGGCGAAGAGAAUUACUAAACCGUUGAUUGCUUGGUGUAUCGGUACCUGUGCCAGCAUGUUCAAUUCCGAGGUGCAGUUCGGCCAUGCUGGAUCGAUAGCCCAUAGCAACUUGGAAACGGCCUCUGCUAAGAACGCAGCGUUGAAAGCUGCCGGCGCGUAUGUACCCGACAGCUUCGACACUCUUGGCGAACUGAUUCACACCGUUUACGAGAAACUCGUCAAAGAAGGAGCGAUCGUCCCAGAACCGGAAGUUCCACCGCCAACCGUUCCUAUGGACUACAGUUGGGCCAGAGAACUCGGUUUAAUAAGGAAACCGGCCUCGUUCAUGACAUCUAUUUGCGACGAGCGCGGACAGGAAUUACUGUACGCCGGAAUGCCUGUGACCGAAGUGCUGAAGCAAAACGUGGGAAUCGGUGGUGUGGUCUCACUGUUGUGGUUCCAAAGGUGCUUGCCACCCAUGUAUUGUAAAUUCCUCGAAAUGUCUUUAAUGUUGACAGCCGACCAUGGUCCUGCCGUCUCAGGAGCGCACAACACUAUUGUAUGCGCUCGUGCUGGCAAAGAUUUAGUCAGCUCUUUGGUAUCCGGCCUUUUAACUAUUGGUGAUCGUUUUGGAGGAGCGUUGGACGGUGCUGCUCGUAUGUUCUCCGAAGCCUACGACGCUGGAUUACAUCCACAAGAAUUUGUAAAUAAUACACGUAAAAAGGGCAAACUGAUCAUGGGUAUUGGCCAUCGUAUAAAAUCUAUAAAUAAUCCGGAUAUGCGAGUAAAGCUCAUUAAGGAAUUCGUAAUGGAGAAUUUCCCUGCCAAGCCUUUAGUUGAAUACGCGUUAGAAGUCGAGAAGAUAACUACAAGUAAGAAGCCUAAUUUAAUUCUUAACGUGGAUGGUAUCAUUGCUUGUGCCUUUGUUGAUAUGCUGAGAAAAAGUGGAAGCUUCACUAGAGAAGAAGCACAGGAAUAC